AUGUCAGAUCCAGACCAGUACACUGUUGGUUGGAUAUGUGCCUUGGAGACAGAAUACGUCGCUGCCCGAGCUUUUUUCGAGAAGAAACAUCCUCGCCCGGAGACGCUUUCGCCAAACGAUAAUAAUCACUACACGCUGGGGGAAGUCGGCGGUCAUCGGAUUGUUAUUGCCGUUCUGCCAGAUGGAGAAUACGGGAUAUCAUCAGCUGCUGGGGUGGCUAGGGAUAUGGUCCACAGCUUUCCGAACAUCCGAUUUGGGCUCAUGGUUGGGAUUGGUGGUGGGGUGCCUACAAAGCAUGACAUCCGUCUUGGCGAUGUUAUCGUGAGCUCAUCUCGAAAUGGGAGAGGUGGCCUGCUGCAAUACGACCUCGGUAAAGAGUUGCAAGGGCAAGAGUUCUAUCAAACCGGGUUCUUGAACCAGCCGCCGCCGAUUCUACGCACAGCUGUCGCUGGGCUCCAAGCACAGUAUGAGGAGGAGGGCCAUCAGUUGAAGGAGAGCAUUCAAGCCGUGCUUGAAGGCAAUAAUCGACUGAAACGGAGAUAUAUGCAAUCUCCUUUCGAGGCCGACAGACUUUUUGAAAGCCAGUUUGCUCAUCUGAAUCCCCAUGCCAACUGUGGCGAGAUUUGUGACAGUUCAAACUUGAUUUGUCGACCAAAGCGAACCGAUGAGGAAUAUGACCCUGCUAUUCACUAUGGCUUGAUAGCAUCUGGGAACAGAGUGAUCAAGGAUGCAAUAUUCCGUGAUAAGCUAGCAGCAGAGAAGGAUGUUUUAUGCCUUGAAAUGGAAGCAGCUGGAUUAAUGAACCAUUUCCCUUGCUUGGUUAUCCGUGGUGUUUGCGACUAUGCCGACUCGCACAAGGGCAAGGAAUGGCAAGGUUGGGCUGCAAUGAUGGCGGCUGCAUAUGCAAGGGAUCUCUUGUAUCAAAUUGUCCCCCAGCGGGUAAAGGCUGAGCGAAGAGUCAGCGAACUAUUGGAUGGAAUCAAAAGCCAACUGGCUAACGUAUCCAAGGACAUCGACAACCUUCGUUCGAUCACUAGCGGAUCGGCGCAAGAAGUACAUGCGCUUGCCGAGAGCAUUGAUUUGAAGGAUCUACCAGUUGCUACAGGAGCUGAAUUUGGAACAUAUAUGGAUCAACACGAAGAAGAAUGCCUCCCAGGGACCCGAAAAGAGCUUCUCCUCGACAUUCGAGAUUGGGCUGUAUCAGAUCAAGGAAAAUGUAUUUUCUGGCUGAAUGGUUUGGCCGGAACUGGCAAGUCCACAAUAUCACGAACCGUGGCAAAAGACCUUCAGGAGCAAGGGCUGUUGGGGGCGAGCUUCUUCUUCAAGAGAGGUGAAGGAGACCGCGGUAACGCAGCUCGCUUCUUUCCUACUAUCAUCCAACAGCUAUUUACCAGAAUCCCGGAACUUCGCGCUGCUAUCCUGCAGGCGAUUCGGGAUAAUCCGAGAAUCUCAACCAUGCCACUUAAGGAGCAAUUUGAGGAGCUUAUUCACAGACCACUCCACAGUUUAAGUCAAUCUAGUCUCCAGAGCUUGCGUCUUGUAGUUGUGGUUGAUGCACUUGAUGAAUGCGAUCGUGAUGAUGAUAUUAAAGUCAUCCUCCAGCUCUUGCCACGAGUUCAGGAUGUCAACUCUCUUUGUUUACGAUUUUUCAUUACCAGCCGACCCGAGCUGCCUCUUCGAUUAGGCUUCAAUGCAAUUGACCAUCGUGACCUAAUCCUCCAUGAGGUACCCAAGCCUAUAAUAGAACGUGAUAUCUCGAUGUUCUUAAAAGAAAAAUUUGUUUCGAUAAGGCACACUCGAUCCCUCUCUUCAGACUGGCCUGGCUAUGUGAAUGCCCAACGCCUUGUUACCAUGUCAGUCCCGUUAUUUAUCUUUGCUGCCACGAUAUGUCGUUUAUUUGAGGAUUACAAUCUCGAUCCCGCGCAGUGUCUCACCGAGAUCCUCAAAUACCAGAAUCAUGAGUCAAAGUUGGAUGGAACAUAUCUGCCAGUGCUGGACCGCCUGGUCUCUAAAUACAAUGGAAAAACACAAAAGCAGUUGAUUCAGGGGGUCCGAGAAGUUGUCGGCACAAUUAUUCUUCUUGAGAGCCCAUUAUCAUUUACAUCCCUCUCAAAGUUCAUGGGAAUCUCCACGCAGUCCAUCCCUGCCAGACUGAACUCACUGCACUCUGUCCUGUAUAUACCGAAUAAUGACAUACUACCAGUGAGGCUCUUCCAUCAAUCGUUUCGAGACUUUCUUCUUGACCCCAGCACUCGCGGAAAAACUCCAUUUUGGGUUGAUGAGAAGGAAAUGAACCAGACAAUAUUUAUCUCGUGUCUUUCUGUCAUGCGCGAGUACCUCAAGAAGAACAUAUGCAGACUUGGAAGCUAUGGAACUAAGCGCAGCGAUAUCAAUCACAAGUCUAUUGACCACUAUUUACUACCAGAGCUGCAGUAUUCCUGUCGCUAUUGGAUUCACCAUUUAGCUCGAAGCAACGACCCGAUGAGCCAGGUUAAUGAUAUCUUAACAUUCCUAAAAGAGCACUUCCUUCAUUGGCUGGAGUCAAUGAGCAUUUUAGGGAUAACACCUGAAGCAAUAAUUGCAGUGAAUUCUUUGCUCCAGCUGACCAAAGAUACAUCCAGUAAUGAGAUGUACGUCUUUCUCUUAGAUGCGCGAAGAUUUAUCCUAAAAUUUGCACAAAUUGUUGAUACGGCACCAUUGCAAUUGUACAGCUCUGGCCUGAUUUUUGCACCACAUAGAUCCUUGAUCAAAGAGAGCUUUGAGAGAGAACUUCCUGCUUGGUUAUCCAGAGGUCCAAAGGUAGAAGAAUAUUGGGAUCCAGAGAUGCAAACGCUCGAGGGCCAUUCUGGCUCGAUUCACUCGGUCGCCUUUUCAAAUAACGGGCAGCUGCUGGCAUCCGGCUCGGAGGACAACACCAUCAAGCUGUGGGAUGCGGCCACGGGCGCUCUCAAGCAUACAUUGGAGGGCCAUUCUGAUUCAGUCAUCUCGGUCGCCUUCUCAAACAAUGGGCAGCUGCUGGCAUCCAGCUCGUAUGACAACACCAUCAAGCUGUGGGAUGCGGCCACGGGCACUCUCAAGCAUGACAUAAGCACUGACCAUGUUGCCACCGACAUUCAAUUUUCUGAGCAGCUGCCAUUAUUGAUUACUAAUAUAGGGUCUUUCGAUAUUCGAAAUUGCUAUGAAAGCUUCUCAACUUCGUCCGAGAAGGUGAUGGAGAUUUCUCUGGCAGCAGGGCGGUGGGUCACUGUUCAGGGUCAAAGAGAGGUAUGGCUACCUCCAAAUUAUUACCCUCAGUCGUCAACGGUCAAAGACAGUACUAUUGCACUUGGGAGCACGAGCGGCAGAGUUGCCAUAAUUGCGGUCUCGGUCAUCUCUCUUAUUUUAAGGUCUCUUUUCAAAAGAAGGGUAAGGGAGACCGGGGCUCUAUAUAGCUAUCUGCAGAUUAAUAGUGUUCGCGAUGUUUCGGGCUCUAUCAUGGGGCUGGGAAACAAUUGUCAUGUGUUCGAAGGUCAGAGGAAUAUCGGAACCGGCUAUACGGGUGCGGACUGUAUGACUGUAUGA